AUGAAGUUCGGCAAGCAGCUCGAGAUCUCGGCCAACCCCGAGUGGCGCGACAACUACGUGCAGUACAAGCGGCUCAAGCGGCUGAUCAAGCGCGUGGCCUUCGAGGUGGAGAAGCAGCAGAACAAGCAGAAGAAGCUGCAGCAGAAGAUGGAGCACAACGCCGCCGCCGCCGGUGGUGGUGGCGACGUGCAGGUACACGUGGUCGUGGACGAGACGCAUCCACUGCUCAAGGCCGUGGUGGACGAGGUGCAGGACGCCAAGGACCAGUUCUGGGAGGUGCUGGACGCCAACCUCAAGAUCGUCAACGACUUUUACGUGGGCAAGAUCGUCACGCUCACACGCUCCGUGGGCGAGUUCGAGGCCAUGCUCGAGGACGAGAUAACACCCACGGGCCACGUGCACACGCGCUCCCGCACGCACUCGCAGGCGGACCACGGGUUUGCGGCGCUGCAGGAGAUCUACGACACGCUGGUGGACCUGCGCACGUUCGUGCAGAUCAACCACUCGGGCUUCCGCAAGAUUGUCAAGAAGUUUGACAAGACAAUCAAGGCGCACACGCAAGCUGCGUUCAUGGAGCGGCUGGCAAAUGAGCGCUUCUACGCGUCCACUGACAUUGACGAACUGCUGGACCGCGUGUUUGGACUCACAUCGAAAGACAAACUCGAGGCCGGCAAUAUGGAGCGCCGCAUGCAGCGGAUGCAGGGCGACCAGAACUCGCUGUUCCGUAAAGUGAAACCGGUCCCUUUCUGCAUCUCAGUCGCGCUCUUCGUGCUCCUGCUGCUUGUUCGUAUCACCCCCGAAGGUGAAGAUGUGCAACAGCGAUGCCUGGCAAUGCUGGUGUUCAUCACAACAUUGUGGGUGACGGAAGCACUUCCAUACUUUGCAACGGCACUGCUUGUUCCGCCCCUUGUGGUGUUCUUGCACAUUCUAAAUGACAAGGCUCAUCCUGACACCCUGCUCACUGCCAAGCAAUCCGCCAAGGAAGUGAUGUCCAUGCUGGUCAACCACACCACCAUUUUGAUUAUGGGCGGUUAUUCUAUCUCGGCGGCUUUCGCAAAGUGCCAGAUCGAGCUGUACAUUGCAGCAUUCUUACAGCGUCGUUUCAAGAAGAGCCCGAACCUUUUCCUGCUGGCAAUCAUGCUCAUGGGACUUUUCCUGUCCAUGUGGAUCAGCAACCACACGGCUCCUGUGCUGUGCGUGUCGGUCCUACUCCCAAUCAUCCGGGAUUUCCCCACGGAUAGCACCUAUGUCAAGACACUUCUCAUCGGAUUGGCCUUUGCAUGCAACCUGGGAGGAAUGAUGACCCCAAUUUCUUCCCUGCAAAACACACUUGCCGUAUCCUUUUUGGAGAAGGCUGGCUACACGGUUACGUUUGGUCAGUGGAUGACGAUGGCUGUUCCAUUCUGCACAGCCGGCACUGUGUUGUGUUGGCUGUUCUUGCUGUGGGUGAUGGACCCUCAAGAUGCUACCUACAUUCCUCAAAUUGUCUACGACCAGAAGCAAAAGAUCAGCAGUCUCCACGUCGUCGUUGUUUCAAUGACGCUCCUGACAAUCUUCUUGUGGGCAUCCUUCUCGGUGACAAGUGCUACUUUUGGCGACCUUGGUAUCAUUUCGAUGAUGUUCAUGUUUAUCAUGUUCGGCACCGGCAUGCUUAGCCAGUUCGAUUUCAAUUCAUUCUCAUGGCACAUUCUUUUCCUGAUUGGCGGUGGUAACGUUUUGGGAGACGCCGUACAACGAUCAGGUCUUCUCAACACGCUGAGCCAGUCUGUCAUCCAUGCGCUGCCGUCCGGAAACGUGUGGAUGGUCACUGUCUCCCUCUGCUGCCUUGUGAUUUGCCUGACGACGUUCGUUUCGCACACUGUCGCUUCGAUCAUUCUGCUGCCGAUAAUCGUGCAGAUGGCAAUUCAGAUCGGGCACCCUCACAUUCCCGUAAUCUGCUGCGCGCUCGCAAUCUCUGCUGCAAUGGCUCUUCCGUUCUCGUCCUUCCCCAACAUCAAUUCCCUGUUGGUGCUGGAUGAUCACGGCCAGCCAUACCUGGAGGUGAAGGACUUCUUGCGCGUGGGUGUUACUUUCUCGCUGAUUUCAAUGGCGUUGAUUGUCACCCUGGGCUACGGCCUCAUCGUGCUGGUGCUGGGUUACAACAUCGACCCGACGCCAAUUAUGAUCGACCUUUAG